AUGGGCCUGAGCUCUUCCAAGGGGCAUCCCAAAGUGACCAAGGUGGCACCAAUGUGUGCCAGGGAGGACCUGCCUGCUCUCACCACACCAUGCCAGCUCCUCGGUGUGCCAGCACAGCCCAGCCUGCACCUGCCAGCCACAGCAGAGUGGGGAAAGCACACUCUGCACCAGAGACUUCCACCUCUCCGGGAGACCUGGUAUGGGAGAACCUCUGAAGGGCCCCUGUGCUUCAACACUGUACCAGAGAAGGGAGAAACCAGCAUCAUCAAACAGCACCCACCACGAAGACCUCAAAGACUUGAACCUGCUGGUCCUCUGCAACCAAUUGUUCCUGCAAAGCCCCAGAGCCAGCAAGAAGUGUCUGCAAGCCCAGAAGUGAAGGCUCUGGAGAAAAAGGGGCAAAGCCUGAGACAUCUCCCUGGCAGGAGGCAGCACUUGCACAAGCUGCAGAUGCUUGACCUGACCCGCAAGCGCCGAGAGGCAGAGCUGGAGAGAAACACCCAUGGGGAGGCAAAAAUCAAUACACAAAACAUGAAGGAAUUCAGCCCAGAGAAAGACCUUGACACUCUCCAGAGAAGCAGCAGCACUGAAAGCCAAGCCCUGGUCCCUGCUGAGCACAAUCAGAGCUUUCAUGGAGGCAGCUGGGGAAACAGAUGGAGUGGAGAACUCUCCAGGCAGCAUGAUGGAGCUGAACUCUCCCCAGGUGGAAGCAGGAAGGCUGACCUGUGGUUCUGCAGGGAGUCACAGACAAGGGAUCUGUUUUGGGACACUUCCAGUACAGGCUCUGAGGAGUGGGAAAGGGAAAAGAUUGACCACAAGCCUACACUUGUGAGAACCAAGACAGAGAGAGUCUCUCUCUUGGAUGACUUCUUUGAUAGGGAUUUCUAG